AUGCUUGCAAAAAAAAAAAAACAAUAUGCAAAAGAGCAAUUACGUAUUAAAAUGUGCAUUUGCAUCGACAUUUGCCAUUAUCAUUUGCAACAGCUAAGUCCUUUGUUUAAAUCAUCGCAGCACUUAAUAAAAAGGGCCACGAUGGCUUACCUUGAAAUUCUGUGCGCUGUCACCGCGUUACUUCUGGCUUUCUGCUACUAUUCGACAUCAGCGUUCGGUUUUUGGAAGAAUCGCGGAAUCCCAGGACCGAAGCCGGUGUUCUUCUUUGGCAACAGCAUGGACAUCUUAUUCUCGCGACUUUCCACCGCGGAAUAUCUGCACAAAGUGUACCAGCAAUUCAAAAACGAGCCGAUGUUCGGGGUAUACAUGAGAAGAUCGGCGAUUCUUGUUCUAAAAGAUCCGGAAUUAAUCAAGGACGUUAUGGUCAGGGAUUUCUCGAACUUCUCCGAUCGAGGAUUGAUCGUUUACGAAAGGGUACGUCACGUUGCAUUACCAAAUCGUAAAUUAAUUUCAUCCGUUUCUUACUUUUAUCCUACUGUCCUAGUCAAGAAAAAGACGUCCUUGUCCCUUGAAAUCUCCAAACUAUUGCAAACUAAUUACAGACAGAGCCGUUAUCAGCACAACUCGUCAAUCUGGAUCCAGAAAGAUGGCGCCCGCUGA